AUCGUAUCCAUAUCCACAUGGGCUGGAUUCUCUGCCGAGCAUAUGGCUAUGUCAGCAAAUGAUGAUCCUUAGGGCCGUCCGCGAUUGCUCCUCUGGCAAGAGCUCAGCAGCAGAAGCUCCCGCAAGCUGCAAGCUUGAUGGCGCCGUGUGGUCGGGUCGGGAUCAUCUUUUUCCCCACGAACAGCUUCAGAUUGCAGAGAGAUCGAUUACUCUCCCGGGAGGAAGACUGAAUGGCAAACGGAUUGUAAUCACUCCAGUUCAUCGAUGAGUUUGGACCUCGGCCAUGGCGUUGACAAGAGCCGAGCGACAAUCCCUCACAUCAAAAGGCUAAAGUCUUUCUUCGGUUGAUCUGGAGACUAGGCUUUGCAGUUGAAUUCUCGUCCGUGUUUCGCCUGCUGUGGAUUAUCACUUAGGACUCACGACGAAUAACCAAAAGGCCUUGGAAACAUUGGUGCGCAGGAGGAUUCCAGCUCUGGAACCCACGCUGGAGAUUUGAAAAAGGAGUGGAACGCAUGGACGUUUUCAACACCAUCCUCUGGGGGCUGUAAGUUUGGUUCCAUCAUCUCAAAAGUCUUUUUUUUGUUCACUUUUUUCUUCCAGAUCUUUUGGAAAGCUGCUCCAGAUCUUGCUGCUUUUGGCAAAGGCCAGACCCCAUCCUGGAGAUGAUAAAUUGGAAACCAUCCAGCUAGCAUCUGGUAUAGCUCAGGAAAUGAUCUAAGGAAGCAUUGAGCUCUAUCCAUCCUGGCCUGACCAGCAGCUACCAGAUUCAAGUCUACACAGAUUUUGUGAGCCCGAAUAAAUAAAACUUCGAACCCUUUUCACUGUUCCCUAGGGUUUUCCGGGAGCAAGCGGAGGAAUGGCGUCUCUCGAGGAGCCUUUGAUCGUAGUCUCCGAGCCAGUCGUGGACGCGAUAGCCAGUCUCCCGGACGCGACAGCGAGUCUCCAGGACGAGCUCCACGUUGUGCCACAUCAGCACCACGUCGUACCACACCAGCGCCAGCAGAACGCGCCAGAGCGAGACCAGCACCAGGACGAGCGCCACCAGGAGACGCUGAUGGAAAAGGCAUUCAAGAUCUCAGCUGUCCUUGCAUCGGUAAUUCUGUACGUUUUGCCGGUUUUCCUCGCGAAAACAGCGUUACUCCCGGGGACUCAACUAGCCAUAUUAUAUGGCACUUCGACUUUGAACUGCAUAAGCUGGUUUGUGUAUGGCCGAAUUGAACAAGAUGUGGUGGUCGAGAACGUGAACCUCCUUGGGCUCGUAACAGGGCUCAUGUUUACCGUGCAUACUGUCGGCGAUGUUACCUGGUGGCCUGCGCUGGGUGGUUCAUUCGUGUGGCCGCUUCUUGUUGCAGUGGCUUACUACGUUUUUCUCUACGGGUUGUACGGGAACUUCAAAAAGGAGAAAGUGUGCUGCUGCGAACUCACGGUCAUGGACUUUUUUGGUAUCACCACCACUGUCCUUGCCUCAGGGGUGCCGCUGUGCUUUCGUGCUGUAAGAUUGUGUAUUUUUUUGCAGUGGCUUCUUGAGAGUUUUCUUUUUGUGAUGCAGGUGACGAUGAUCAGCAAUACCAGCAAAGCCACAGGGUCUCCUCUCGUUCCACUGAUGGCGACGGCGUGUAACAUCCUGUGGGCUGCUUACACCCAUAUGGCAAAAAAGAAAACCAUGCGUGCUGCUAGCAUUUCAGCAGCUGUGCUAGCUGGAGCCCUCUCCAUCCUCUCGGUGAAAGAGAGGAUGCUUUGACAUCAUGCUUACUUCUCAGCUCACUUGCGUCACACUUUUUUUCUCUACAGAAUGUAGAGCUUGUCGUUUUUUUGGAACUCUACGCGUCCCGUAGAGUUCACGCGAGAAUAAAACGAACGAAGUCUUGACGCACACUGCCACGUAAGAUCUCGCAUGAAUCGGUUCUGUAACGUGGCCAAACUGUUGAAAUGAAUCGGAGGAAACCAAGUAACUGUCAAA